CGUUGUGGAGUUGGGUCGUUGGAGCACGGAGGCCUCGGCGGGGGGCGGGCAGCCAGGUAGUGAGUGCGGAGUGCGGCACCGCGCGCAGCCCGGGAGUGAGGUUAGUCUCUGGAGAACAAGCCCGAGGAGAAGAGUUGGCGCGCCCGCGGCAGGAACGGCAGCAACAACAGCAGCGGCAGCAGCAGCACCGGCGGUCCAGGUGGGGUGGGUCCCAGAGUGCUGCAUCCCCGCCGAGAAGCACAAGCCGGGCAAGAUGGGCGAGAAGGAGCCUCCCCCCAGCCCCACGCCGCACCGGAGGCUCCUACUCAUGCAGGUGCUCCUCGGCGUGGUGGCCAACAUGGGCGGUCUCUCCGCCGGCGCCAACCUGGGCUUCUCCGCCGUCGCCCUGCCCCAGAUGAGGCACCCCAACUCCACUCUGACCGUCACUGCUGAGGAGGCAUCCUGGAUCGCGGGUGUGGCCGCGCUCGCGACCCCCGUGGGCUGCCUGCUGAGCGGCUGGCUCCUGGACCGGCUGGGGCGGCGUCCCGCGCUGCUCUGGCAGAACGUCCCCGCCCUGCUGGGCUGGCUGAUGCUCGCACUGCCCCUGGACGAGCUGCUCGGCUUUGGCAACGGCCUCGGCCUCGUGUACGGCGGCCGCAUCCUCACCGGCCUCGCCACCGGCAUGGGCUCCGUGCCCGGCACCGUGUACGUGGCCGAGGUGGGCCUCAAAGAGCUGCGAGGGAUGCUCGUCACCUGGACGUCCAUUGCCAUCUCCUUGGGAAUCGUCGUUGUGUACGUGAUCGGCGCGGUGCUGCCGUCGUGGCGCCUGGUGGCCGCCGUGUGCGCCGUGUUCCCGCUCCUCACGCUCGUGCUCGUCUACGCGGUGGCGGUGGAGAGCCCAGUCUGGCUGCUGGGCCGCGGCCGGGUCGCUGAGGCCAGGGCCGCCCUGGCGCGGACCCGCCUGGCACGCUCGCCCGCCGAGGCGGACGACGAGCUCGCCGCCCUCCUCCGCGAACGUCCCCCGCCUCCACCGCGCGCGGCCGGCGGCAAGGCGCCGACCGGGAUACGCGGCGUGCUCCGGGACCUGCGCCGCCCCGAGUGCUGGAAGCCGCUGCUCAUCAUGAACGCCUUCUUCCUCUUCCAGCAGCUCAGCGGUGUGUUUGUCGUCAUCUUCUACGCCGUGGACAUGGUGGUGGAGGCGGGCGUGGCCGCGGACCCGUACCUCGUCGCCGUCAUGAUCGGCCUGGCCCGCCUCCUGGUCACGUUCGUCACCGGCUUCCUCUCCAAUAAGGUUGGGCGCCGUCCGCUCGCCAUCAUCUCCGGGGCCGGUAUGACGGUGUGCAUGAUGGCGCUGGCGACGCACCUGCUGCUGCAGUCCGGGUCAGCGGCCGGCGACCUUCUGCAGCCGAGACCAUGGCUGCCCGCUGCCGCCCUGGUCACCUUCAUCCUGGCCAGCACCCUCGGGUUCCUCACGCUGCCGUGGGCCAUGAUCGGCGAGGUCUUCCCCGUGCGCUUCCGCGGCGUGGCGGGCGGAUUCACCACCUGCUCGGCCUACUUGUACAGCUUCGCGGUGGUCAAGGCUCACCCUGGCGCCUCGCACGCGCUGGAGCGCCACGGCGUGUUCUUCUUCUACGGCGUCAUGGCGCUGCUGGGCACGCUGUUCGUGGUGCUCGUGCUGCCCGAGACCCAGGGCCGCAGCCUCAGUGACGUCGAGGAGUACUUCAAGGGGAGGAGAGGCCGGCGCCAAGGAGACGUCGACGCGGACACCGAAGCAGCUGCGCGACUUCAGCCGGAGAAGAUAUCGACCGAACUCAAAAGUAUGAACGGAGUCAUCCCGCCCAAGACGUGACUCGCUUUUCUCGCUGAGUAUCCAAAGUGACUUCACUCCCCCUUGGCUCUGCGUCAACGCCAUAUUGUGCACGGUGGUAUCAAGAGUACUCGACUCUUAAAUACCACUUUGAUACUUCUCUGAUCUCAGACUGCUGUUCUUUAUCUUGUUUGGUGGGACCUCUGGAAAACAAAAACGGCUAUUUGUUCUACAUAGAAGUCCUAUGAACUCUGCAAACACCAGAAAACCAUUGAAUUGAUAAUAUGCGAUACUGUGGCUAUCAUCGAACAAUUUAUGUAAGGUAACUAAUUUUACAGUUCAAGACACAAUAAUGCAUUUAUAUAAUUUUAUUUUGUCUGUUCUAGAGACUGAAAUUCUGAGUUGUGCCAUUGUGAUACUGCUUUCAUCAUCAAAUCUCAUUACACGAUAUUAUCAGUAUUUAUAAAUAAUGCAAAUAGAUUGUAAGUUUCAUUUGUACUUUAGAUGCAUGUCAUUUCUUACAAAGUUUUAAUAAUAAAGAU